AUGAAAUGGCCUCUCACAGACAGUGACGAACACAACCCUCCCCCAAAACUCACCAAAAUCUCAAUGGAGAAUAUACGCAAAACAGUCCCAGAAGACAUAGUGAUGGAGAUACUCGCGAGACUACCCAUGAAAUCCAUCGUCAGGUUCAAAUCAGUUUCCAAAACAUGGAACUCGGAAACCGAAUCUCCUUACUUCCUCCGUCGCCACCUCUCCCUCUACCCAAACUCAUCGACAUGGUCUCUCAUGUUCAUUACCAAGCGUGACCACCCCAUCACAGAAGCCAUCGGCUUCCACAGAGGGGACACGUGGAACCUCCCCAACUCUCUAGCGUCCUACGUGUUGCCUUUCCAACCCUACCCAGACUUCCCUACUGUCGACAACUACUCACUGAAGUUGGACCCACAUGAAAUCCGCCAACACAACUACUAUGUAGCUUCCUCCAACGGACUGAUCUGGAUCGAGGUCAUCCUCAACCCUCACGACAGCAGAUCAUUCGUGGGUAAUCCGGUUUCGAACCAGUGGGAUGAAAUCCCUCGGCCUCCGAAUAGUUGCACCCCCACUGGUCUGGUGACACGUGUCGAAAACGGCGUGGUUACGAGCUUCAAAGUCGUUAGGACUUGUGAUAAUCUCGAUCAGAGUGUGUGGAGAGUGUACGUGUACUCGUCCGAGACAGGGGUAUGGGAGUUUAAGCAGCUCUCGUCGCUGUGUCCCGUCGAGGGUUCUGAACCUCCGGUGAAUAUCGACGGGAAGCUUUACCUGUGGGAAGACGAUUCUCGUGAUGAGGAUGAGUCGGAAGAUUUUCGUCAUGAGGAGUUUGGGUUCCUUGUUGCUUACGACUUCUACGGUGAUGAUGAUAAUAAAUGUCAGGUUGUGCCUCUACCUACCCCGGAUAACAAGUACGUUAGGAGAUGCUUGACUACUUCGAGAGGUGAUGUUAUGUACGUGGAGAUACUGUAUCGUAGACUGAAGGUCUGGAAGCUGAGUGGCGGGGGCGACAGUGAACUGUUGUGGGAAUUGUCGCGGGGAGAAAUCAAUUUGGCGUCUGUUGGAUUUGAUGUGUUCUGUUUCCCGCUGGGGAUGAAUCCGUUUAAUGAUAAUAUCGUCUACCUAUGGAGUCGAGAACAUGACAGUGUGGUGACGGGCAACUUGAAGACUCUGGAGUUUGUUGUUCAUCAAGAAUCGGAGAGCGGGAGUAGUAGCAGUGAUAGUGGAGGUUGCUUUCGCGUUAACAAGUUUUAUUCGAGGAUGUAUAUGGACGGUUUUCGCGAUAAAACUUCUACUUCUGUCGUCGUCUUAUCCCAAUUUGUGCUUCCCCCGCCGGUGGACUUGAUGCCCCCUCCCCCAAGUACUCGUUAACUCUCCAUUGGCAUCAGAUAUGCUCUCGCAAGUUCAACUUGCAUGACACAUGUUGUUGUGCAAUCUAUUUAAAAUUGCUUUUUCAUUUUAUUUGUUUCAUCUAUAUCAGUGCAUGUUCUGUCAGAUUUUAUGUUCAGACAUUUACAUAAAAAUGUCACAACA